CACCAGGCGGUGGUCGGAGUUGUGCUUUCCAGCCGGCAGGCCUUUCUCGCCCGGGGAGGGGCUGUUCCCGGUAGCCCGGCUGUGUGGACGCCAUGUCUGCGGAGAACCUGGAGCCCGCUUCGGCGGAGGAGCAGAAGGAAAUGGAAGAUAAGGUGGUUAGUCCUGAGAAGGCUGAAGAAGCGAAGUUGAAAGCAAGAUAUCCUCAUCUGGGCCAAAAGCCUGGGGGCUCAGAUUUUUUGAGGAAGAGACUUCAGAAAGGACAAAAGUACUUUGAUUCUGGGGAUUACAAUAUGGCGAAAGCAAAGAUGAAGAACAAGCAGCUUCCUACUGCAGCUCCUGAUAAGACUGAAGUCACAGGUGACCAUAUUCCUACUCCACAGGACCUUCCACAGCGGAAACCAUCUCUUGUUGCUAGCAAGCUGGCUGGCUGACUAGGCUGGCAGAACUGCAUGAAACUUCUUAUUCCCUUACUCUUUCCUUAAGUU